AUGUAUCUGCGUGCUCUCUCCACCUGCCCUCUCCGCAUAUCUGUGAGCCCUGUCAACCCGCCCUCUCUGCCCUCAAUCCCUCCCGCACUCCCCCCCUCCACCCUCAACGCGUCUCUGCACACCCUCUCCCCAUCUCCGCAUAUCCGCCCACCCUCGACACGCUCCCAUGCACCCCUCAACAUGUUCCGCACAUCCAUCCCACUCUCCGGUUCCCUCGCCAUCAAGCUCCCGUACUUCCGCCCCUCAAGACUCACUUUCGCGCUCUAUGUGCCUCCAUCCAUUUUAGGGGGUUCUGACACCCCUUUCGCGCCGGUUUUGACACUCUUCGUGUCGAGGGGUUGUUUCCUCAACAUUUUUCAACUCAUCAUCAUCAUCGGCUCCUUCUCCAAUGAUUUCCUGUUCCAACACAUCCAUCGCAACACGUUCGUGCUUGACGGCUGCUCAAGACCUUCCUUCGUUUUUCCGUUCCUUAGUAUCUCUCUGUCAUGUCGACCACUCCCUCAAGCUCUUCCACACCUCCACUCUAUGAUGCCGAAAUGUGGAAUACCUGGCUCGUCGCCACCACGAUUGUCGACCUGUCUUGAGUUGAAAGCUCAGCGUGAGGCCAGUACAUUGAAGGCAAAGACAAAACUGAAGCCGGAGCUUCUCGUCCACUUCAAGCAUGCCCUCCCAGAUGGUCCUCUCAUACUAUGCCACCCCGGUGAAGAGCUGGAGCUGAUCAAGCUUUCCAAGCGCGAAAAGAAGGCCAAGAAGCAGGAGAGGUUGAAGAGGUUGAAGGUUUCUGGAGUGACAGUGGAGGAUCUUGAGCUCGCUACACUCGAGAGUGAUACUGAUGAGGAGAUGGAGGAUUGGGACUUUUAUGGUGAAGAUCCUCCUGAGAACUUUGUCCCUGCUGCACCAAAGGCACCAAUACCCUCCCAGCCCUUCGUCAUUCCCCCUAAUGUUGCCCCGAUCCACUUAUGCUAUCCUGCUCGUGCGCCACCGAAUAGCACUGGCCGUGUUCCACUUCCGAUGGAGGUUCGGUACUCAGGCUAUGUGUAUGUGGACCAAGUGACCAACAUUCUCUGUGCCAAUACAACUUACGUGCCAAUUCUUCUAUCUUCUGAGGAUUCCAUAAUCUAUGUCAAUGGCUACUGGGGUCGCAAGGACACUUUGCUGUACCCCCAAUGA